AUGUCGCAAAUUCGUCGGGCUGAAGAGGAGGACUUUUCCUGCAUCAUCGAGAUAGCCAGACAGGUUGUCGAGGAGCCCGAUGCACUGCUGUUCGACGAUCACUGCACCACAGAGGUCAAGCAGAAUGGGCUGCAGCAAUCUGUGGAGUCAGCCGAAAAAAGUCCUCAGGAGUUGGAAGCUUUCUGGCUGCCUGACCCCGCGAUGCGUGCCGAGACCUUCGCAUCAUUGGGGCAUAUGCCGCGGGCUAAUUCGACCCGUGGAGAGCAGAACAGGCAGCUGCGACUGAGGUUUUGUACCCGGCAGCACAUGGACGUGGUGCGCACAUGGCGCAUGGCAGCUAUAUGGUGUGCCCAGACAGUUGCAGGCCGCAGGUGUCCCGCCACACGGCAAGCCACAUGUCUGAGGUUGCGAAGCACGCAAGAGGCAGAGGCUUUGGAAGGGCAUUGUGCUUGA